CCACUACUGACACAAUUUGGUGCAUGUACAGUUGAUUACUAAGGUUUAAAAGUAUAGUAUCGGUAUUAGCUCUUUAUAUAUUGCACAGAAUCACUAGGAUGUAAUUCCAAGAUAUUCCCUUAUUACCCUAGUACCCUAGUACCUGCACACCCCGAUCCAACAACUAUCAUAAUGUCUGAGAAAUCUGUUUUCCUCCUUGGUCCAGGCUAUAUUGGCGGCCAGAUAUUGGAAUUCCUCUUGGAAAGAAAUUACCAUGUAACAACCUUGACUCGCCGGGAAUCCACGGCUGCCGAAUUCCACGCCCAGGGUAUAAAAACUGUAAUCGGAUCUCUGGACGAUAGAUCCGUCAUUCAGAAGCAAGUCUCUGUCAGCGAUAUUGUUUUCCAUACGGCAACGGCCGACCACUUACCAUCCGCAGAAGCUGUCCUCGAUGGGCUGGAGGAGCGUGCUAAAAACAACCUGCAAACGAUUUACAUCAACACAAGCGGUACAAGCAUCCUAAGCGACAAUAGCGCUGGAGCGUUCAAGAGCGAUAUGGUUUUUGAAGAUGACAAACCUGAAGGUAUCGACGCACUCCCUGACUCCGCGCCGCAUCGCACCAUAGACCUACCAAUUGUGCGUCGACGAGAGAUCCUCGGCGAGCACGCUAAAAUUGCAAUUAUGAUGCCCCCGCUCAUUUACGGCGUCGGUCCUGCUGGCAGAUCGUCUAUCCAGCUCCCGACCUUAGUCCGGUACUCAUUGAAGCACCGCUACGCAGGCCAGAUCGGAGAAGGCCGGUCAGUCUGGAGUCAGAUUCAUGUUAAGGACCUGGCACGAGGGUAUCUGACACUCCUGGAUUGGUUGGAGCGGACUCCUGCUGAGGAGGUCCUCCCGAACCCAUAUUGGUUCUGUGAAAACGGUAACGAGUUGUCGUGGAAUGAUUGUACGGCGGAAAUUGGACGUGUACUUUACGAGGCAGGUAAGAUUGAGAGUUCUACUCCCCGAACUAUUCCUGUCAGUAACUACGGGGAUCUUUUUGGGAAGUGGUCGGAACCUGUGGUCGGGUCGAACUCGCGAAGCAGGGCAAAUCGACUACGAAAGUUGGGGUGGGAGCCCAAGGAGAAGAAGACAUUGGCUUCGCUGGCCGAGGAUGAAAUUCCUUUGAUUAUGCAGGAGACGGGUCCGUUUGAAGGUUAUGGCAAGGUUGUUGCUUCAUGAAAUUAAAUGUUUUGAUUCCGGAUUCCGGGUUUUCGUCUUUUUAAGAAAAAAAGAAGGAAAAAAAUAAUGAUAUGUUGUUUAUAAAUUAUCGUUUUUAUGCCCCCCAAAAAAAAAAUGAAAUGAAAUAAAAAAAAAUAAAAUAAAAAAAGUUCAUCACUUGCGACACAAGUAAACUAGUUGGUAG